CUAAAGUGGGUCGCUGAGAGCUAUUUCCCUGGGGAAGUCCUCACUGAACUCGUCGCUGCAGCUGCGUCUAACGCCCACCUGCGCAUUUUAACUUGGCUGUGGGACAACCAUCGAAGCAGAGGCUGCUGGGGAGGGGGUGAGCUGGAAGGGGCUAUCCUCAACCACCACCAGGACGAAGUGGACUGGCUACGGGAAAAUGUUUCGCUUCGACCUGAGUCUGCUCAGCACUUGAUACUCACUGCGGUCAGGAGUGGGGAUGUAGGGAUCGUGCAGUGGCUAUAUGAGAACUUUGAGCUGGAGGUUACGGGCGCAGUGUCCACAGCCGCGUUGACAGGCCAGUGGAAAGUCACGCAAUGGUUUCUGGAGAAUGCUUCGCCAGAAGACCUGGCUGAUGCUCCCGAGUAUCCCAGAGUAUUCUCCGACUAUCCAACAGAGGUGGGCAACCUGGAGAUGCUCAAAUUUGUUUCCGGUCGAGGGUUAGUACGAGAUCCCGUAAAAGUUCUGGAGGUGGCAGCUGAGCAUGGCCAAUUACAUAUAGUAACGUGGCCUCUGGAAGAGAACGAGAUCCCACUAGUUAGUGGGGCAUUCCAGCGAGCUGCGAACAAGGGCCACCUGGACGUGAUCAAGUAUUUGCACGAGAAGAGGCCAGACGGCUGCAGGGAAUCGGAUUUGGACCCUGCUGCCCGCUCAGGAUUCAUGCAAGUCGUCCAGUGGUUGCACGAAAUACUCAUCGCUGCACCGUGUACGCCAUGGAUUGGGCUGCUGGCAACGGGCACCUUGAGAUAG